AUGACGAAUGGCGUGCCUCACCGCGGAGCCACGAUAACGAGCAAAGAAAGUCCUUUGAUUGACGACGACAAGUUCGGGGCGUUGUUCAAUAUGCAAAGCAGUAGCGGAGACGAAUCGGACUCCUCGCGCGGAAUACCAUCCAAUCUAGAAGUGCCUCCGGGGUUGCAGGUGAUCCCAGUGAACCACCUUCACCAUCAGAGCAACGGCGGUGCGGUGGACGAGCUGGCGCAUUCCGAACGGAUUAAGCAACUGCAAAGUGCGGAACAGUUCCUGCUGCAGAUGGCCCGCCUGCAACGUCCACCGCCGGACCUGGACAUCCGCAACGGUUCGGUAGUAGCCAAUAAACCAAUUUCCAAAGGCACUCAGUACGGUCCUUUUCGGGGGAAGUUCUUCCAGGACUCGCUGGACCGACGGGAGUUCAUGGAUAUGAACCUUCGCGGUUGGCUGGAUGCGACACUGGAGACGGCCAACUGGUCCAAGAAUAUUCGCAACGCUAGCAGCUUUACGGCGGCCGUUAAUGUGCAACAGCUCUACAAAGAUGGUUAUCUAUGGUACGAAGUGAUAUGUGAUAUCAGCCCCGGACAGGAGCUGCUGCUGAUGCCUCGGAUCCCGUCGCAUCGGGGCGAUUCGUUCGAUGACAGGAGUGAUCGCGGUUCGGGUUCCCAGCAUAGUGAAGCUUUCGAGGACGAGUACAACACGUCGGCUGAUCUUGAUACUAGUCAUAAGGAUCAUUUACAUCAUAAUAACAAUAACAAUAUAAACAACAACAACAACAACAACAGUAGCAUCCAUCACAACACCACCGGCAGUAGUGUGGAUCAGAAUAGUCGCAAUUGUAGCAGUAACAGUAACAGUAACACUAGCACCGCGGGUCACAACGACCAGGAAGCUAACGUCGACGGCGAGGAGGACGACGACGAAGAGGGCAUCGAUACGCGUUGCGUCGUUUGCGAUCGGCAGUGUCACGAUAUCGACCAGCUCGACGAUCAUCUUGUGAUCUCGCACCAUUACCUGAAGGACGCCUUUCGGUGUGAGCUUUGCCCGCGGGCGUAUUGUCAUCGACCGUCUCUGCUGCGGCACCGGGCCAUAGUGCACGGUGAAAUCAAACGCUAUCCCUGUGAGAAUUGUCCUAAGGUCUUCACCGAUCCUUCCAAUCUCCAGCGGCAUAUUCGCACCCACCACGUGGGCGCUCGCAGUCACGCCUGUCCCGAGUGCGGCAAAACUUUUGCGACCAGCUCCGGACUCAAACAGCACACGCACAUUCACUCCUCGGUCAAGCCGUUCCAGUGCGAGGUUUGCUUCAAGGCGUACACUCAAUUUUCGAACCUCUGCCGACACAAGCGAAUGCAUGCGGACUGUCGCAUGCAGAUAAAGUGCAACAAGUGUGGCCAGAGCUUCAGUACCGUAACGUCCCUCUCUAAGCAUAAGCGAUUCUGUGAUUCGACCUCCGUUGGUGGAGGACCUCUGCAUUCGGCGGCUGCAGCCCAACAACAAAGCGCUGGUGUACCGAAUCUACCGCACAGCAUGGCCACCCCACCGAAUCCGUUUCUGAUGUUCUCCGGAAAUCCCUUUUUCCCACCCGGUUUUCGUCCAUAUCCCGGCAUGCCGGGCAUAUUUCCUCCCAACCCAGCUCAAGCAGCUCAAUUUCCACUCCCGUUUUUCCCCAAACCAGUUCCUUCCGGAGCAGUUGAAAUGGGUCGCAAAACACCUUCGCCACGUCGUCUAAACAUGAUGGAACAAUACGGUCAGCAAACGAUGAAGAUCUCACCGCCAACGGCGGAAGAAGCCACCAAUCAUUUGAGACCAUCUCCGGCUCGACCGAUCCCAGUGAACUUUAACUCAAUCCCGUCGAUGACUUCGACGCCAAUUGCAGCGGCAACUCCUGCUGCCGUUCCAACACUGCUAAAUAACAACAGUCACAUAAAAGCAAACUCAGUAGCGUUACAUCGUGGCCGAGAGAACGGUGUUCCAUCGGAAACGCACAGCUCGGAAGACGAGCUCCCGCCAGCCGGAUCGAUUCGAGUUAAGGACUUUUCCCUCUACUCGACGGUUUCAUCAUCCGAAUCGCCGGUAGAAAUCAAAAAGGAACGUCGAUCAUCACUGGGAAAACGGAAGCACUCGAUCGAUGUUGUGAAAGAGGAAGACGAUGAAGAUGACGACGAAGCGCAGGAAGAGGAUGAAGAAUCAAAAGUAAAUGAGCCUGAAGUCCCCCCAUUAAAGAUGAUGAAGGUGGAAAGCACCUCGGAACAACCGCUCGAUCUGAGUGUCACCAAGAAAAAGAACGGCGCCCGCAGUCCCACUCCGAUCGAGGUAACGUCCCCAACCCCGACCCCGACGCCCACCCCGAGCGUGGAGCUCCCUCCGAUCAGCUCACCGAAAGCAGCCAGCCGGUCGCCUCAAAUUACCGUCCCGAGUCCGUCACCGUCACUCUCACCCCGUCCGUCACCGUCGUCCUCAUCGCCCGGAACUACGAGCCAACCCAUCUCCUACCCGCGACCGAUCUAUCCGAUGCUGCUGGAGGCCAUGUACCGGCCGGGCAUUCCGAACUUCCAGCGACCGCCGUUCAAUUUUUUAGGCUCCCUAGCUCCCAACUUUGACCUGCUGAAACGAAAUGCUCCCUUUCCGCCGAAACCGUUCCACGAGGCCAUAAUGGCCGCUGGCGGCCUAACCGGCGGCGGCAAGGUCAAGGAUCGCUAUUCGUGCAAAUUUUGCGGUAAAAUCUUCCCGCGUUCCGCCAAUCUGACGCGGCAUCUGCGCACACAUACCGGUGAGCAGCCCUACAAAUGUCGGUACUGUGAACGGUCAUUUAGUAUCUCUAGUAAUUUGCAGCGUCAUGUGCGUAACAUUCACAACAAAGAGCGUCCGUUCAAGUGUCACCUGUGCGAGCGCUGCUUCGGUCAGCAGACGAAUCUCGAUCGGCAUCUGAAGAAACACGAUGCCGACGCCGCUGGGCUCGGAAUGGGCCUGGGAGAUUCACCCUCGUCGAACGAGGCCGAACGGGAAGAUGCGUGCUUUGACGAGAUUCGCUCGUUCAUGGGUAAAGUGACGUACUCGGGACUGACCGGGUCGCACCACCACAGUGCGCACCUUUACACUCCGAUCGAUGUGACUAGCGUCGAGCCGGAACUCACGGAGGACGGCUCCAGCGAUGUGGAAAGUGAUUUAAUCAAUAUCGAAUCCGAUAAGGAUCCGAUUAACAACAACGAUACCAUAGAAGUUUCCACCUAA